AUGGCUCACUCUGAUGGAAUUCAAAUCGUUGCGAUCCAGAAAAUCUCAGUCAAAAAUGUGAUUCUCGCAGCUUCUGCCAUAGGAACUUUUCAAGCAGUUAUAUGGAUGAUAUUAUCUCUGAUCGCAAUAUUGUACUACAAUUCGGCGAUAAUAAUAGGAAAUGCACUCUCUCGAUACGAUUACGAAUUGUGGAUAUAUCAUCUAUAUUUGGGCAACGAUAAUGUUUUCGCCGACAGCGUGUACAGCGUGUUCAACAUUCAUCCAAAAUCUUUCAACAUCUUCAUGUAUUUUUAUUUGAUUUUGAGCUUUGCAUGGCUCCUGGUAUCAUGUUACUUAAUAUGGGCUAUGGUACGAGAGAAAUGGGACUAUGUGAAGAAUUUGAUGGCUUCUUGGUCUGCUGUUACGUUUUCCAUAGCUGCUCUUGAUAUUGUCUUGAUGAGUUUAAUUGCGGCAGAUUUGGAAAAAGCACAAGAUAUAUCCAAUAGCAUCAUAUCUCCGCCACCUUUAUUAAUAAUGGAUCAAAAAAACGUCUACACAUCUAUGGGUAUAGUGAUGACAGCUGCUGCGAGAGGCUAUAUCUUAUGGAUCGUUAAUGUUGUCUUCGCAAUCAUUUUCGUCGUACUGGUACAUAGAAUGAAAAAACAAGAAGAACAAUCCAUGUUGCCACCAAUUAUUGACGCCUAUGCAGCAGGGCCACGCCCUCUCAACCUAUACGACAGCACGGACAUAGGAGCAGGCAACUGGAACAUCGGUUUCCAACCGGACGAAAACAUCAUCUACAGACCCAGCCGAAACGGCGAAUUACCUUCGGAAAACUUCGACAUGUUCAGACCAGCUGAGCCUUCAGGCUCGGGAACGCCUAGGUCUGGACCCACGAGACCGGACAGUUACCCUAGGCCUCUAGAGGUUGCUCCUGCCGCCCAACGCUUGGCUAAAAUAGGGAAAUCUACCCCGGGACAUCGAUCUCCGCCUCUGAAUGUGCCUGUCCCGCAAGUCCCGAACGGGCCCCAAAUGCCCUACAUUCCGCCUCCGGAUUACACUCCUCCUGCAUCGCCUAAUUCCAAGCCGAGGUCGGUUUUGAGACCCAAGAGUAAUUACGUAUUGGAAAACAAUUGAUGAGGCUAUUAUUCGAAAUUCAGUUGGUAUCAAGAUUUCAGGGGUUAUUUGACAGGUGAAAAUAAGACUUACACCCGUGAAAUGGAAGAAUCUAGCAAGGCCAUUUGAAUGAGAGCUGAGAAAACAAGGAUUUUGUCAAAAAUUGAUGCCAUAACAAUAUACUCGAUUAUGUAUAUGUAUUGUUUAUACUCAUUAUAUUUAUUUAUCUAACAAGUGCGGAAAGUAGUAC